GCUGGUGACGUCAGCGAGCUGCAGGCGCGGCGUGAAAAUGGCGGCGUGCUCGUAGCGACUUGGGCGUUGUGCUCCCAAACUCGACACGAGGCAUCCAGUUCCUCACACGCGUAACCGAGGAACUCUGUGCGGAGAUAGAUGCCCACGUAUUCGUUGGGGGCGGGUUGUUUUCUUGCGUUUCUUCUUAAUCUGUUUGUAAUUCAGUCACCGGCGAUGUGGGCACCGAAGAUGUCUGUCCCGGGCCUGCUGCUGGCGGUUGUCUUCUCCUUGGCAGUUCCUCCGGGCACGUUUGGCUCGGGCGGGUUGACGGUGACCAUGCCCACUCUCGAUUUGGAGGCGGCACGGGAUGGAGAGAUCACCCUGCCCUGCACCUACACCAGCACGGUGCCAGACCGCACCAACUUGUACAUCUCGUGGGCCAAGGAAGAGGACAAGAGCGACAAAAUGGUGAUCGUGUACUUGGGGAAGCAGACGUCCGUGUCGGACGAAUACUUCGUUGGUCGCGUGUCGUUCGCCGGAGACUACCUCGUAAACAACGCGGGCAUCAAGAUCACGAAGCUGCGGAAUGAGGACAAUGGCAUAUACAAGUGCAGUGUCACCAACAUGCCAGGCACAGACAACGGGCACAUCAAGCUCAUUGUCCUGGUGGCUCCAACCAAGCCGGUUUUCUCUUUGGAGGGAAAAGCCGAGAUCUACCACGACGUGAAGCUCGUGUGCCGUUGCGACGAGGGUUCUCCGCCACCGACGUUUUCCUGGCGGCGCUUGGACGCCAACGGCAUUCCCGUUGCGUUGCCAGUCGGCUCCGUGGACGACCCCGCCGCCGGAACGCUGCUGCUGAAGAACCUCACGCUGCAGUCGAGCGGCACCUAUGAGUGCACGGCGAACAACAAGGUCGGCAGGGUGGUGACCAACGGCACGCUCUCCGUCACCUACCCCCAGAGCAACGCGAUGAUGUACGGAAUCAUAAUCGGGGCCGGGCUUUUGGGGUUCCUGAUGUUGACCGGCAUCAUCAUCUACUGCGUGCGGAGGAGGAACCGCAAGCGGCGGGAGGAGGAAGGCUACUACAGCGACGGGGAGUAUGAGAUGGAGGGAGAGGAGGAUCGCGAUGAGAAGCGCGACCGUGGCCACGCCGCCGACCGCGACGUCCCGCGAGAGAAGUACCUGGCCGUGUCGCGCGCCACCAAGGACGACGAGCGCAGCGAAAGGGGCGGCGCUCGGCGCUACCGGAACGGCGACGACGACUACUCGGACAGCGAGUCGCGGCGCGGCAACGGGGACACGGGCCAGCGCAGGAACCGGCGAUACUCGGACGACUCUGACGACGAAAGCCGCGGGCGCCAGUCCCGGCAACGGCGCGACCGGGACGGAGGGGACUACGACCGCGAUCGUCCGCACUCCCGCAGCCGCGACCGGGGUUUGGACGACGAUCGCGAUCGCCCGCAUUACCGCAGUCGCGACCGGGGUCUGGACGACGAUCGCGAUCGCCCGCAAUACCGCAGUCGCGACCGGGGUCUGGACGACGACCGCGAUCGCCCGCACUCCCGAAGCCGCGACCGGGGUCUGGACGACGACCGCGAUCGCCCGCACUACCGCAGUCGCGACCGGGGUCUGGACGACGAUCGCCCGCGCAGCCGCAGCCGCGACCUGGAUUACGACGAUCGCGAUCGCCCGUACUCCAGGAGCCGCGACCGUGGCCUGGAUCGCGACGACGGGGAGGGCGGCGAGUACCGCGGGGGCGGGGGCGGGGGCGGGGGCGGGGAGCAAUGGCGUGACAACGGCAACGGCGGCGGCUACGACGACUCGCACUCGGAGACGGCGUCGUCGGUGGCGCGCGACACCAGGCCCAGGCCGCCACCCAACAAACCCAAAAUCAUCCUCGGCAACGCCGACGCGACGGCCGACGUGUGACCCGAGGGUCGCGUGCGACACGCCGGCCCUGGCCCACGCCGCCCGCACGUCUACGCAGCGCACCCGCACCACCUGCAAGACCGGCAACACCUGCGCCACACCCGCACCACCCGCACCACCCGCCACACCUGCCACACCUCUGCCACCAUACCACCGCCCACACCACCUGCACACGAGCCCGAAGCGGUUGCGCUGUACAGCGUUCCGAUGCGGUUCCAGCUUGUUCGGCUCGACGCGUGUCUGGAUUUCACUUUGCGCCACGUUGCUGGGAACUUCUUUCGGGAGUGGAAUUGGAUGAAGUUCCUGGCACGUGGAGCGGAAACGCCGGACAACGCACGGUUCUUGUCCACAUGCCCUGCCGGCCACCUGAGGCCUACCGCUUUGAAAUUAUGUUCUUCCGUCGCCACAAACACCUUCGCUCGUACAAUCAUUACUCGCCCGGCCGUCAUCCAGCAGUGAAGUGACCAUGGCUGGUGAUGAUGCAUGCUUCUUGGCCACACUAAUCAGGUGCUCGAGGGGUAUAUUUUUGAGCUGGCCACACUAGGUCUCUAAUUUUAGCAUGCACUCCUGGCACUUCAAGGGUCUCCUGCAGUGGAUGAAGUGUGACCGCGUGCGCGCGUGUGUGUGUGUCAACACGUGGUUGCCUGCUUAAGAUUUUUUAAUAUCCGUUUCGGUCCUAGGUAAAUAAAAUGUUCCUCACCCCUUUUCUACAGCGUAUACGACGUUUGUAUGCAUCGCCUACACCAUACACGCCCUUCACACCGCAUACAACUAGCCUGUCCACAUAAUCUGCACCAUCUGCAGCUUAUUUAAGAUCGAUAUCGUUUGUAUACUCUAAACAACAUCUACACCCCAUAGACUGUACACUAUUAGUCCAUAAACUGCACAGUCGGCAGCAUCUACACAAACCGUAUUCCACGUUCCACACUCCAUCCACAUGACCUACACCAUGACACCACCUGCAAUUCUCCAUCGUAUCCAUCAUCCACGCCACCACGUCCUUAACAGCAGUGGUGGCAAAUGCACGCAGCGCUGUUAUCCAGUUUGGUGGUUCUCAACUGGCUCUGCGAUCCACCAGGACGGCUGUGACCCAACAAUUUCCCGGAUGGCUUUAACCCUGUAAAGUCCUGCAGACAUUACAUAACUAGCGCCAUCUAUUGCUUGGCGUUAUUCGUUUUUUUAUGAUUUUUUAGUCGGUCAUUUUUCAUUUGCCUUCAGCUGUCUUGGGAAAGAAGGUAGGCUUACGUUAGUGUUUGUUCGAGAUCCACGGUUGGAUCGCCAUCCACAUCGUGGCCACUGUUUUACCAUCCAUUUUUCGUGGUUUUGGGGUUUCUUCGUCGACCAAUUGCCCAAUUUUGCGAGCCGGUUCCCUGCGUGUGGCCGUCGUGUUUGGUGAUGUGAUGACCAAUCGCGGCUACGAUUAAAACAUUGCCUUGAUUUAGGCGAGCAUCCUCUUGCUGAAAUGUCAUGCAAUUAAGGCGUUAAAGAGACCUUAUAUUUUAUUAUUUUCUUUGCGGUUAUGCAUUAUUCGAUGUUUUUGUCUGAUUUUAAAGAGCAGGAUUUGGUAGCGGUCGUUUGGGAAAUUAUUUGCAAAGUGGAUGUCUGUAUAAUAUUUUAUACGUGUGCCAUGGGUGUAAACAUCGCCACUUGUGAUACAAAGGCGGCCGGGCGUGGUGCUGGCCACCCCACCCCCAUGUGCGCCGUACCGGCCUUCAUAAGUGCUCGCUAUCGGCACGUGCCUCCAAAAGUCUGUUAAAGCAACACGGGGAGGUCUGUGCGAAACUCGCGUAUUGCUCGGACUUAAUCAAAUCCCAUCUGACACCUCAGGUACAUGACUCCAGUAGAGUUCAAAUCUGCCGGCGUUCCUCGUGCUCACUUCCACCGAACGCAACGGCGCCAUUUAAACCGCGUCACCACUCAGGCGCUGCGUGAAUUGGCGCUCUUCAACCGAAUCGUUUGCCUCCGUGCUCGCCGUCCCAACUCGCGUGGACGUUCCCGCCGGUGCGGUCCAGUGCUCCCCUCCGUGCCUGGUUCCGAUUGUAUCGUCACUUGUUUCUUUCGCGGUGCCACCGGCUGUAAAUUUUUUCCUCUCGCGCGCUGGAAGUUUAUGUUAUUUUCACUCCCCGAGGUUCUGGCACACGGUGCGAAACGUUGGACAUUGUGCAACCAAACGCACGUGGGUUAUGACGCGUGGCUUUCCUGUCUCAUUAGUAUCGGUUUUUUUUCAAACGGCAUAUAGAUAGCAAUGUAUUUUAAUAAUUAGUACAUCGAUUCUCAAACGCACGAUUACAGAAGACGUAGCACGAGCGUAGGAAACGGAUUUGAUCUUGACUCGAUACGCACACUCGGGCCUAGUGCCGUCUUAGAUCCUAAAAUCUAAGAAAUAAGUGAGAUUCAUUUUUCAGUGCAUUCGUCAUAUCGCGGUCUUAGUGGAAUAUUUGGCCAUAGCUUUUGUAACUUUAUAGCUCAUUAAACUCGUUGAAUAAUAAUCCGUAUCCUCGUUUGUAUAUUCUAAUCGUGUUUCUGUGCCGCGAGUUGAUUUUUUUUUACUUUGUUGUAAUCAAUCACUCCUAUCUGGCUGUAGAAGCCCUACGCAACUGUUUAGUGAUAAGGAUCUGAAUUGUUUUGUUUAGAAAGUGGCUUUUACAAAGAUGGGCUGGGGAGAUUGUAGUGUGUCAUGUGUGCAGUAGGGGUGGCAGUGUCGCGGUUAGCGCACUGCAUGCAGGCGGGUGGGGGUCUUUACCUAUUAAAGGUCUGCAUUUCUAAAA